GGUCGACCGAGGCGCAGUUAUUGACCUCUUCGACGAUUUCGCCAUGUCCAAGCCGAUGGGAAGCAUCUCAAGCGACUCGCUCAACAAGCCCGCGAACGGCGGCAAGACGACUGUCAUUGAUCGCAUCCGCAACGUAGACAAGAUUGAAACGCCGAAGCUGCUCCGGUACAUGCGCGUGGGCAAUAUGCUGUGUUGCAUCUUGCAAGUGUUCGCGGGCAUUUCCGGCUUGGCGUCUAUCGUCACGCUCAACAUCACGGCAGUGUUCGUGUCCCUGUACGUGAUUUUGUUCGGUGUGCUCUUUCUCCUCUUUGAAUGCCGCUUGUCGAGCUUGGAACCCAAAAUUCGUGAAAACUUUGGGUUCCUGUACUCUUACCAUGGCCGCGCCCGGUUCAUUUUCUUCAUCGGGUUCAUGGACUUUGGGACUGGCGGCGGAUUGGGGUACUUGGCUGGGAUCGUUAUGUGCGCCAAUGCGUUCCUGAACUUCUGGAUCAUGUACAAGCACCCUGAAUUCGCGUCGGGCAACCUCUCGUCGUCGUCUGAUCCGACCGUCGGGUAUGCUCCCGCGACCCAAGAAGCAACCACGUUCCUCCAGAACAACCCCAACAUUGCCAAGCAAGCUACCAGCUAUGCGUUCGCACAAGCGUCCAACGCCGCUGCCAACAACAGCAGCACCAGCUACGGUAGCCGCGUCUAAACGUGUGCUACCACGUGCUCAAGGAAGAGAAAUCCUCAGUUGUUGUCCCAUGCUGUUCAUGUCAUUUGCAUUAUCCUUAGUCUGGGAAGCUUAUAGUAGAUACGUCUCAAAAGACGAGUCUGCGCUCGCAACUGAGGACACGUUGUGGCCGUGUGUGGCGCAGUAGCCCUUUCGCUGGCUUCCCUUCUUGCAUCCAGGGUACUUGCACAGCUU